AUGUCCAAGGGAUCACCAGAGGCCCAUGUCAUGGACUAUGCCGCCCUCGAUAUGGGCGUUGGUCCCGACAAGAUGAGCAAAAAGACCAUCUCCCUCGUCGACCUCGAUGUCCAUGUCUUUGGUCUCGACGAGAUCAAGGGCAGUACACUUCCUAUUGGUGUUGUGAUCGCCUCCCACGGACGAUGCAACGCCGCCAAAAACAUGGAGCCGUUCUCGCGCGGCAUCAUCGCCGAGAUCGGCAAGCAGGCGGCCAAGGGCGAGCGCAGGAAAGUGCGCGACGUGCUCGUCGUCACCAUGGAUCACCGCAACCACGGCACGCGCCUCAAGCACCGCAAGACCAACCUCGCGUACGACAAGAACCCGCACCACUUUGUCGACAUGGCCGCAACCGUGUACGGCGGUGCCCAGGACCACGAGAUGAUCGUGGCCUUCCUCGCGGCCUACCUCUUCCCCAACGGCGAGCGCGUGAUCGAAGAGUUCUUCGCGACGGGCAUCUCGCUUGGCGGUAACACGGUCUGGCGCCUUCUCCGCACCAACCCCGACUUCCGCAUCUGCGUGCCCAUCAUCGGCCUCCCCUUUGACGCGUUUGGCGCAUACCUCGGCGCACGCGCCGAACAGAUGGGUAUCCCCUUUGCCCCGCCGACGUACCCGCCCUCGCUGGUCAACUACAUCUCGAGCCCCACGCCGCCCGAGGCGUACGCCGGCAAGAAGAUUCUCAGCAUCCACGGCGAGCUCGACGAGCUCGUGCCGUACCGCUUUGGCCGCGAGGUUAUCGCCGGCAUGGCCACGCGCGCGCCGGGCAUGGACGGAAAGGUCGAGGCGUGGGUCCAGCCCGACAGGGGCCAUGUGUGUACCCCGGAAAUGGUCGUCAAGGCUGCCGACUGGUUCUGGUACUGGGGUCUCAGUGCGGACAAGUAA